UUGAUUAUGAAUAGGUUGUGGUGAAAAUUGUGAAUUUUUUUUUCACCCAGUUCCGUUGCUGCUGGGAGGUUGGUUCUAGUUAUGCCUUAAGGCAUCAGGAGGAAUGAAAUUUAAUGACUUUGAACUUCCAUAAAAUUCAAUAAAGUUUAGCCAUGUUUACAUUGGCAAGUUUGUAGUGGAUUGAUGAAUGCUUAAAUUUAAUAACACUCACAAAUUUGGGUUAAAAUAAUACAUUCAGCAUAUCUAAAAAGGCUGGACUUGAAACUUAACCUCAUGAACUUUUGAAAAUGUAUUGUUAUUCAGUUAUCUGUUCACCUGCUCUGUAGGCAAAAAGUGAGGGAAUUACUCAGCAACAGUAAAACUGUAACUAUAGGAAGCAUGAAUCUGACUGAGGAUGAUACACACUGGUUUCCCUUUCCCUUAUAUGAGGGAAAUACCUAAUCUCUUCUUCCCACAUUUUUCAGAUAACAUUGUCAAAGCCAAGAAAUCCCCAUGUGCAAAGUAAUUAUGAAUGCAAAAUGGCUUCUCACUUCACAGUUCCUCAUUGUGAAUAGUCCAGUCAAUCAAAACUGUAGUGAAAAUGAAAAAGAUACGUUUCAUUCAUGAUGCUUAUUCUGUGUUCUUUAUGUUAUGUAAGAACUGAGAAGAAAUGAAAAUAAGACUAGCAGAAUUUGAUAAUUUAGUACGAUUUAAGCUUGUGUUAAGUGGGAAGUGGAGGUAAACAAAGAAUAAUAGUUCUUCAUUGGAUCAUAUGUUCUGCAGUGAGAUAACGGUGCUGGUUUGGAAGUCUAAAUAAACAAGUGUUUACUCAAUGAGCGACCAUUUUAAUUAGCAUAGGUCUUGUAAAUAUGCAAAUGAAAGAAGUUUAAUGUUUUUCUCAAGCACUAAUUCCACCUUUUCCACAUUCCACAUUAGGCAUGACAACAUCCCUCUCACCACUAGUAAAUUUUAUAGGAGGUGCUGUCCCAAGAAGCAACAUCAAUCAUAAAAGAUCCCAACCAUUUGCACUUUUGCCCUCUUCCUGCAGUGCUAGUCAGCAGGAGGUUUUUGUUUAGCGUGUCGCACCAGACAGUCAGCCAUACUUGUCUGGCGCGUGGUGUCAGGAUUGGUCUCCUUUCAGAUUAAACAGGUCACGAUAUGAAACGUUCCUGACUCGACCCUUUUUUUUUCACGAGGCCGAGUGGCUAGCUCGACGUUCAACCCGGCAUGGAUGGAAAGCGUGUGCGGGGGGUGACCCGACUUGGAUUCAAACUUGGGAGCCUUCGCUCCAGAGUCCAGCGCUGAUGCUGAUUGCGCCACCAGCCGGCCAGCAGGAGCUGGGCUCUGUGUGAACCGUUGGAGCCUGGAAGAACUUGUAAGCAGAGAUCCCCAGAGUUUCCUAAUCCUGAUUGAAAAGAUUUUGCUCAAAACUAAAGAGGUGCAAGAGAUGUGUCAAUAUGAAUUACUGGUGCCACUGGCUUUAAUGUUUUAUUCUUCCGCAUUGCGAACGCCAUAUUUUCCUCCAGAAUCUAACCUGCUACAAAAUGCAUACAGCAUCUACCACAGUCUCAUGACUUGGCCUCUACCUUAUUGUCACAUCUGUAAGGAGCUUCUGUCAUUUAUUAAUGAUGAAAUGAAGGCACCAGGAAUCUCAUUCCAGAGGCUGGUGAGAGCCGAACAAGGAUUGACAACGAAAAAUCUUCAAAAUAAAACACUAACAGUCCUUCUGCUUAAUUCCUCUGAAGUAUCCAGUGACUUUAUGUCAGUCGCCAAGAAGAUAAGCAGCAAACGUCAGCCCCCAGGAGAUUCUUACAUCACCCUGAUUAAGCACAUGUACCAGGCAGUUUUUGGUGCUAAGUACAACUUGAAUGAUAUUCAAAGUGCCCUUGAGUGUAAAACUGCAAGUGAACUCCUGGAAAUUUUUUCAAACUGUUCUGAUACUAUGGAAAUUGCAGCUACUACGAAGGACGUUACCAAAGCCAAAGAACAUUUAGUGGCCAAAUUAGAGGAGUUUAAAGAAAGAUACGGGCUUCUCGCAAAAUCAGCCCAGAAUGGGAUGGCUAAACUGCAAACAAUUCCACUGCCAGUUGCAAAUUGCUACAGUUAUCACUGGGACCAGGACAACUUCGAUAUUUUAAAGGACGUUCUCCUGAAAGAGUGUGAGAUUCCUGACAGUGUCGUACUUCCUUUGCACAACAAAAAUAAUGAGAUGGAGGAAGACAACAAUGUUGAGGAAGAGGACGAUGCAAUCGAAAGUGAGCGCGAUUCUGUGCUCUCUACAAUAUCUCUAACAUCCAAGGACUAUAUGAAAUCUUUCGUCUCAAAUCUCUCAGAUUAUAUGGACAGUGGUUAUGUAGAAGAUGGAGAUGAAAGUUCAUAUGAAACAAUAGGGAUGUUAGAGCAGAAAGAAGAAAAGCAAAGUACUGUGGGAAAUAAAUUGGCAAAAAAACUAACGAACUUCUUCAAAACCAGAAAUUCCCUGACACACAAAGCAGAUCCAAAAUACAGUUUAAACAAUUCUUACUCAAAUCUUUGUAAAGGGAUAACUGUGUCAGGCUCCCUACCUCUUCGUCGAGCAGAAAGUUUGGGCUGCACUGAAGUGAAAUCCAAACCUCCAAUGAAGUCCAGGCGCUCAAACUCAUUGCCACAGCAUGCAAGCUACAAUUGCCAGUCUGAACGAUAUUUACAACAGUCAACAUGCUUCAAACGCCGGCCAUAUCUCAGCUUUGAGGAUGAUUGUAAAACCAUGACACUGCGUGUUGUUGUAUUUGGUACUGACAGGAUUUUAGGAAAAGUUGCAAGAGCCUACAGCAACCUUAGAUUACAAGAAAGCAAAGCACCUUUUUUAACAAAAUACUUCAAGAUGCAAUUCUUUCACAUUCCUCUCCAAAGAAAUUCAAUCAGCAGCCCUGUGCAGAGCACAAACUUACCCUCAGACAAUCAACAAAAACCAUUAAUGCAAAUGGAUUUCAGCUCACUUGAGCCUGCAGAGAAAGAUAGCACCAAUAACAUUGCCCGAUACAUUGGCAUGUUGGAUUCUUGGUAUGAGAGAAAUAUUCUAGAUUUACUGACCUUGCCAACAACUCUUCUUUGCCAGGAGCCUUCCAAGCCGGAGAAUUGUCCAGCUGAAAGGGUACCAGAGAAACUUCCCAUCAUGGCUGACCUUAUCCUUUACUAUUGUCGAAAUGCUACUCACCCAGUGUUAAUCCAGCUUUACCAAGCAGAGUUAACGCUGGCUGGAGGAGAAAAGAGAUCUGAAGUGUUUGUUUAUUCCCUUGAGCUUGGACAAUCAGCAGCUACAAGAGCAAUUAAAGCUUCAGGUCCCGGAUGUAAAAGACUUGGGAUUGAUGAUGACAGAGAAGCGGUACCAUUAGCACUGCAGAUUGCCUAUUGCAAGGCAACAGUCAGCAGAAGAAACCAAUGGAACAAUGUGGAGAAAAAAUGCACAUCUGUAAAUCUAAGCAAGGCUUGUAAGAAAUAUGACGAGCUAGAAUCUAAUACAGAGUCUCUUCAUCUUUCCAUGACUGAGGUCGUAAAGCGUCAGAACUCAAAAUCCAAAAAAAGUUAUAAUCAGCAAAUAAAUAUAACACAGAUCAAAAUUGACAAGGUACAGAUAAUCGGAAUUAAUAAUACCACAUUUGCAGUUUGUCUGGACCAGGAUGAAAAAAAAGUUAUUCAAAGCGUAACCAGGUGUGAGGUUUCUGUAUGUUACAAGCCUGAAGACAGGAUGCCACAGACACUGAGCAAAAAAACUUCAUUCCAGAAAUGGCUGCAUACAUCAAAGUCCUACUCACUUCUCUGCCUUCCAAUUGUAACCUUCAGCGGAGCUUUACCUUAGGGAAGGCAGAUAAUGACUUAUUGUCUCUACUGACCAAAAAUACUGCCAAAACAAUGGACCUGAUUUUAUAUUUUGUUCUGGCACUAUUACAACUAUUUAUUAGGCCAUAAAAAGGCACUACCAAUUGAAAUUGAACUCCAACUGGUAGAAAUGGUUUAGCAUAAGCUGUUUAAUGUCCAUUGCAAAUGGGGCUGCUUGCGAAGGAAGAAGGAAAAUGGUUCCUUGAUAAGUUGUGGCUAUUUGUUCCCAUACUAUUUCAGAAAAUGAAACUUUAAGUGUCAUAGCAGAGGCCAGCUUAUGCUACAACUUAAAUGCAAAGUAACCCAUUCUUUUUUCAUAUUGAUGAACUGAAGCAAAUGGUGCAUCUAGAGGUCAAAAGGUUGAUUGAAUAACUUAGCUAAAUUAGAAUUAGAUGAGGAUAAGAAUUUGGUGCAGAGGAAAAAAAGGUGCUUCUUUUCAUUUUUAACACUUUAAGCAAUUAGAAGAUAAAACAAAAUUCUACAGAGAAAGCUUAAAGGUAAAUACUGAAAGAUUUAAAUAAUGCAAAAAUAAAAGAUUAGGGUAUCUAAAUUACAUUUCACAAAUCACAAGGUUUACCAUCAGCUUCCAUUGAAAUGAGGUAAAUUUCUGGUCCUGAUGAUACUGCACGACCAUAGUUGAUAGGUUGUCGAGUAAAAUGGAUUUAUCAGUCCUUUUGCAAGUAAACAUUAAGAAAAUUACUUUUCGUAGGUAUAGAUAUCAAAGCUGCACACAGUACUCCAGAUGAUGUCUCACUAUAGUUCUCUCGACAAUGGUAGCAAUUUCUUCUCACUUUUGUGCUCUAACACUCUUACAAAAAAUGCUCAGACACUGUUAUCCCUUCUUGAGUUGCUUGCUCCUCUUCUAAAUACGUUUUAGCUCAGGUUCUUGCACUAACUGCAUAUCCAUACAUCAUUAAAUAUUGGAAAAUAAAUGGAGGAGGAAAUAUACAAGUAAACUGAAGACAUGUAUUAAAACAUAAAAUGAUGAAUUAUUCCGAAAUUAAUUGGCCGGAACAAAUGAUUACCUGUAUAAAGGAAAUUUCUCCCUGCAAUAUGUAGAGGACUCCUUUUGAACUCAGGAUUUUGAUCAACAAAAAUGGAAGACUUUAUUAUUGAAGUGAAUAAUUAAUGAAAUAGACAUUUAGAUAUUAAUUCAAAGAAUAUAAGUAUAAAUGAAGAUGAGGUGGUGGAUUGGGCGAAAUUUGAUUGUGAGAUAUUUAGAUUAAAAGUUGAAAAAGUGAAAAGGAUGAAGUAGCAGCAAAACCAUACUACAGAACACUGUACUAAACAACAUACCAAAAGCAAACCUAUACACUGAAUGAAUAAGGACAUAGAGGAAAAUAACUGAAGAUAAGCAAGAUAGACAGCCAUGUAAAAGAGCAAGAGAGAUCUUGUCAGUGAUGAAUAUGAUUAGAUCCAGUGAGAAGUCAACAAGAAUAAUCUGACCAUGAGGAUCUUUGGAUUAAAUUAUCAAAGGACAUAAACUGGUAAAAAAAUAAAUGUAGCACAUACAUUUAAAGCGAGCUGAAUGGAUAUAGAUUCAAAUUAAUAGGAAGGAUAAAUAUGAUGGGCAAAGACAGCAAAACGGCAGGAAUAUUAAAUAAUUACUUGGGUUCAGUAUUGACCCAAGAGACAGAUCACAUUGCCAAGUCUUUGGAAGGCAAGAUUAGAAUUAAUAUAAUUACAUUUAAUCCAAAAGGACUAAUAAUAUUAAAUGAAAUAAUCAAAGUCAAAGUGAAAAAUCCUUCAAUCCAGAGCAUUUCUCAAAAGGAAAGUUAGUCAAGACAUCAGAUAAUACUUGAUUCUAAAAUAGAUGCAGGCCAGAAAGCAGGCAGAUAGCUAACACCUUCUGCAUAUCUGAAAGGGAGACAGAGUUUCUCCAGGGAUUAGAGACCAGUAAAGGAAACAUAGAAUUCCACUAAAAUAACAAAAAUAGAAAGAUACUUGCAAAUAAAUAUUCUUGUAAUUAAAAGACUGCAUGGAUUUCAUGAAAGAAGUCUGGUCUUAUCAAUCUCAAUGAAUUCUUCAACUAGCUGAGAGAUGGGAUAAUUAAAGGUGGUGUAAUUAAUCUAACAUACGAAGAGCUCCCAAAGGGCUUCUAACUACUUUAUGAUAGAUUGAAAUAUAAGGUCAGUGCAUCUAUAUUAGAUUUUGAUAUUAAAAAUUUGUUAUAAAAUUUGUAGAUGACACCAUGUGUCAGUAACAGCAGUGGUUGUGAAUUAGGGAACGGUAGUGCGGUUUUGAGUGGUGACUUUGAAGAGAUAAUGAUAAAUAAAGGGUUAAUUCAUAAAUUUGCUGAAGAGGAACAUGAAUUAGUAAGUUAAUCACAACACAGAUAAUAAGAAUAAUGAGGAGUUUACAACUCAUUUGGUAAAAUUGUACUCAUCAAAGAUGGUGAAUCUUUGUAACCCGGGAGUAUAAAUACAAAAAUUGCUAAAUAUAGCAAAAUUGUUAUUAGAUUCAUUAAAAGUGCCAAACCAAGCACUGCUUUUUUGCGUCUCAAUGGAUAUCACAGAAAGAUAGAAAAAUUAUGCUAAGCUUGUAUCAAACCUUUGUGAGACUUCACCUGGAGUAUUGCACACGGUUCUGAUCUCUAAAUACAUUCAUGGAAUGAAUAUUGAUACACUGCGAAGGAUGAAUAAAUGUAAAGUUAUAAUCAGAAUCAGUUUAAUAUCACUGGCAUAUGUCGUGGAAUGUGUUGUUUUGCGGCAGCAGUAUAUUGAAAUACAUAAUAAUAGAACAAUCAAUCACAUUAAAAAGUGUAUAUAUAAAAUUUAAAUUAAGUAGUGCAAAAAGAGAGCAGAAAAAUAGUGAAGUAGUGUUCGUGGGUUCAUUGUCCAUUCAGAAACCUGAUGGCAGAGGGGAAAAAGCUGUUCCUGAAAAGUUGAGCAUGUCUACGUGCCCCUGCGCCACCUCCUUGAUGGUGCCAAUGAGAAGAGGGCAUGCCCUGGAUGAUGGGGGUCCUUAAUGAUGGAUUCCGCCUUUUCGAGGCCUCGCCUUUUGAAGGUCCAGUGUCUAUGAUGGAGCUAGCUAAGAUUACAACUUUCUGCAGCUUUUUCUGAUCCUGUGCAGUGGCCUCUCCAUACCAGAUGGUGAUGCAACCAAUUAGAAUACUGUCCACAGUGCAUCUGCAAAAAUUAGCGAGAGUCUUUGGUGACAUACCAAGUCUCCUCCAAUUCCCAAUGGAAUAUAGCACUGUCACGCCUUCUUUGUAAUUGCAUCAAUAUGUUGGGCUCAGGAUACAUUUUCAGAGAUGUCAAUGCCCAGGAACUUGAAAUUGCUCACCCUUUCCACUGCUGAUCCUUCGACUCCCCCCUUCUUGAAGCCCAUAAUCAAUUCCUUGGUCUUACUGACAUUGAAUUCAAGGUUGUUGUUCUGACACCACUCAAUCACUCAAGAUCUAUCUCACUCCUGUACGCCGCUUCGUCACCACCUGAAAUUCUGCCAACAAUAGCUGUGACAUUGGCAAAUUUAUAGAUGGCAUUUGAGCUGUGCCCAGCCUCACAAUCGUGGAUGUAGACAGGGUAGAGCAGUGGGCUAAGCACACAUUCUUGAGAAGCACCAAUGUUGAUUGUCAUUGAGGAAGAGAUGUUAUUUUUGAUUUGCACUGACUGUGUCUCCUGGUGAGGAAGUCAAGGAUCCCCUUGCAGGGGGAGGUAGAGAAGCCUUGGAUUUGGAGCUUGUUGAUUAGAAUUGAGGGUAUGAUUGUGUUGAAAGCUGAACUGCAAUCAAUAAACAGCAGACUGAUAUAGGUAUUGCUAUUGUUCAUGUGGUCCAAGCCCAAGUCGAGAGCCAGUGAGAUUUUAUUGACCUAUUGUGGUGAUAGGUGAUAGGGUCCAGGUUCUUGUUUAGGCAGAAGCUGAUUCCGGCUAUGACCAAGCGCAUAAAACACUUCAUCACUUUAGAUGUGAGUGCAACUGGUCAAUAGUCAUUGAUACACCUCACUCUGUUCUUCUUGGAUACUGAUUUGAUUGUCGCGCUUUUGGGGCAAGGGGGACCCUCCCUUGCAGCUAUGAAAGAUUAAAGAUGUCCUUGAACAUUCCUGCCAUUUGGUUGGCAUAGGAUUUCAGUACCCAACCAGGUACACCAUCAUGCAAGGGUUCACUCUCUUGAAACGCGUUCUAACAUCGGCCCCUGAGACAGAGGUCACAGGGUCACCAGAUGCGGCAGGGAUUCUCACAGAUGUAGUUUUACUCUCCCUUUCAGAGCAUGCCCAAAAGAUGUACAUCUCAUCUGUGAGUGAAGCAUCACUGCCACUCAAGAUGUUAGAUUUUCAUUUGUAGGAAGUAAUGGCCUGCAAACCCUGCCUGAGCUGAUGUGCAACCAAUUCUGUUUCUAACUUCAGUCGGAUCAUGAUACAUCAAGCACUCUGGAUCUCCCUGUAAAUGAAAAGAGAAAGCUGAAGUGGGACCAUCCAGAGGGCUUUAACAUUUCUGGGUAGCAAAAUCAGGAGUGCAUUACUCUAACAUACGAAAUCUUCCCUUGUCUGUAAAGCUUGCAUCUUCCUCCAAUUCUUUUCCCUAGUAAUUUGCAUCAACAUGUCAACUGAUUGUACUAGAAUUUAUCAAAUUGCUCCGUGUACAUUUUGAAUAUGAAUGUUACUCUAGAUGAUCUACAUGUAGUAAUUUUUAACCUGGUAUUUGGAGGUUUGGAAAGGUUAAACAUGAUGGAAUUGUGGCCAGGCUGAUUGUUAUCUACUGCCAAUCCAAUCGAAAGCAGACUGGGGAAAAUUCCUGACUGUGUUAAACAAAUCUGACCUCUUUUCGAUUGACCACUUUCAUUUGAUGUUUGUAAAUAGAAUAUUAUAAGCCAGUGGCAUGAUGUGUCUAUUCCUGUCUUGGCAGAGAUAAUAUAACAUGUGCAAUAAAAUAUCCUGACUUCUUACUAGUUCUGACUUCUUGCUGGUUUUCCCCAGAAGCUGCAGAGAGUGCAUUGGCAGUUUAUUACUUUCCCUUAUUGAAGGGCUGUACAUAAAAUGUCCAGUGAUUCAGAUGAAUUGCACUGCUUUGUGAUACCCGAUUGCACACUAAACUGUAAAUAUUUGUAUAAUUAAGGUACACUAUACGAUACUUUACUGCAGCAUUGAUUUGAUAAUAUUAAA